AUGCUUUGCCUUGAGCUGAAGAGUAUAGGGGACGGCGAGCCGGCAAAGGGCCCUGGAGGAGACUUGGGCAGCGUUGCCGGAUGGGUUAUUUUGGAAUUGUCUGAAUACUUAGAUCCUACGGAUCAAACAAUAGUUGAACAAAAAUUAUAUUGUCCAUCUAUGCCAAGGAGCCCGCCUAAGGCCCCCGAGGCUUACUUCAAGCUCCCUGCAGAUUAUGGCUUCCGCCAAAUGCACGAUGUCGGACACAAGAGGUCCAAGCCUCAAGUUCUCGCGACUCCCGCGACUUUGAGCAACUCCUACAGCAUGUCUUUCAAACUCUCGUUCAUCAGCCUGGUAGCCUCGCUGCUAGCUAGCAUACCUGUCGCCCAAGCUGCUGAAGAGCAUCCCUUGCUACCGACAUGGAAAUGCACCACCUCAGGAGGCUGCUUGCAGCAGAACACCUCCGUCGUGCUCGACCAGGACUCCAGAUAUGCUAAAGGUGCUGCCGGCUCGAGGACGGCGGCCGACUACACUGCUAUGGGAGUUGCUACCUCAGGAAACGCGCUGACCAUGUAUCACUACGUAAAAACGAACGGCGUACUCAACGCCGCGUCCCCGCGCGUCUACCUCCUGGGUGACGACGGCAAAUACGUCCUGAUGAAUCUCCUCAGCAAUCAGGAGCUCUCUGUGGAUGUCGACCUCUCGGCCCUCCCUUGUGGGGAGAAUGGCGCCUUUUAUCUGUCGGAGAUGGCGGCCGACGGCAAGGGCAACGCUGCGGCCGGCAACGGCUACUGCGACGCUCAAUGCCAGGGCUACUGUUGCAAUGAGAUGGACAUCCUCGAGGCCAACUCGAUGGCGACGGCCAUGACGCCCCACCCGUGCAAUGGUAACAACUGUGACAAGGGCGGCUGCGGAUACAACCCGUACGCGAGCGGGCAGCGCAACUUCUGGGCACCCGGCGGGACGGUCGACACCCGCAAGCCGUUCACAGUUGUUACGCAGUUUAUGGCGAGCGGUGGCAGGCUGUCCCAGAUCACGCGCAAGUACAUCCAGAACGGGAGGGAAAUUGGCGGCGGCGGGACGAUUUCGAGUUGUGGCUCAGAGGGUUCGACUGGUGGUCUGGCUGGUAUGGGCCAGGCUCUGGGGCGCGGGAUGGUUCUGGCAAUGAGUAUCUGGAACGACGCUGCACAGGAGAUGGCUUGGCUCGACGCCGGUAACAAUGGACCUUGUCAAGCCGGACAGGGCACCCCAUCUGUUAUUCAGUCUCAGCACUCUGACACCCACGUUGUCUUUUCCAACAUUCGAUGGGGCGACGUCGGGUCUACUACCAAGGGUUAG